GCUGCUUCUACUACUCCUACUCUGAUGGCGGCGGGCAGCUCGGCUCGGGCAGCACGGCGUUGCUUCAGCCCGUUGCUUCAGCGCGGCCCGCACCCGCUCCGCUGCGGCAGAGGCUUUCUCUCAGCCUUCAGCACUGCUGCACAGCAGAGAAGUACAGGGGAUGACUGUGGCCCAGAAGAUUCAAAUGAUGAACCAAGGCAUCUUCUAAAUGAAAACAGUUUAGAGCACAAGGCCAUCAAACUAGAAGAACAAGUCCGUGUCAUGACAGAACGAUAUCAGAGAGCCUUAACAGAUUCUGAAAAUGUCAGGCGGAGAACACAAAAGUUUGUAGAGGAUGCUAAGAUUUUUGGCAUCCAGAGCCUCUGCAGAGACCUGGUGGAAGUAGCAGAUGCCCUAGAGAAGACAACAGAGUGUGCUUUAGCAGAACAUAAUGACCCAACUCUGACACUGAAGAAGAUUUAUGAAGGCUUGUCUCUCAUAGAAUCCAAACUACAAAGUAUAUUUGCUAAGCAUGGCCUGCAAAAAAUGAAUCCCGUUGGUGGCAAAUAUGAUCCAUAUGAUCAUGAAAUAGUGUGUCAUGUCCCAGCUGAGGAAAUGCAUCCAGGUACUGUGGCACUAGUGACUUUGGAUGGCUACAAACUCCAUGGCCGAACCAUUAGACAUGCACAUGUAGGUGUGGCUGUAGAAUCACAUGAAUGAGUUAGAGAUGUAUGGUAGUACUUGAGAUUCAGAAGAACUGGCAUAUCGGUCCACAUGACUAUUGCUGCUGGGGCAUUUCUAUUUAUUAAGCUAAGCUUGUAUUAUAUGCUGUGGUCUCUCAGGAUGGGCACAGCAGCUUGGCCUUUGCUUCCAAGAUGUACAGUUAUUUAAUGUCACUUUUCCUAUGUUAUAAAUAUUUUUUUCCAGAUGUUUUUCAAACAUAGGUAAACUGGCCUUUUCUGUUAUGAUUCUCAGGUCUGCAUUAAAUUUGUCAGUGGAUUUGGGAGAAGAAAGGAAUUCUAAGACAUUGUUAUGCAUUCUUCUUUUCCUGUUUCCUAUACUCCUCUGCACAUUUCCCCAAAUCUGUUUCAGAGUCUCCCCUAACCAUUGGGAACAGAUUUACACCCCUCAGAUAAAAUGUGAAGAACAUUUUGUUAGUACUGUAUGCUCUGCUAAAUGACAGAUGAGUGGAUGAAAUCCCUAAUAUUUGAAAGUUCUGUAUUCAUGAAGGGGCUAAGAUUGCAUCCCCAGUAUCUCUGAAUGGGGCUGCCAAAAAAAUCCUGCCUGUCCCUGGAAAGCAGCUACAAGUUAAUGUAGGCAAUACUGAGUUGGUAAAACUUUCUAUCAGUCAGCUUUCUAUAUUUCUAAAAAAAAAAGAAAGUCUGAACAGUUGAGCUUGGUGUACCAAAAUCCUAUGUAGCCCUGCAUCUCAUUUGUAGCUGUAAUCAACCUGAAGGCCCUGAGGAAGCAACCAAGCACCAAAUAGUUGAGGUUGCUGUUUGCUUAAAAAAAAAAAAAAGCACAAAAAAGCAUCAGUUUUUCUUUUUCCUAGAGGUGUUGCUCCAUUUUGGUUUCUUCUUUUCUGCUCCUUUUGUAGUGUAUCAUACACUGUUUGAAUGCUGCUGCAGACAAAAGUACACACAGUUUUACAAGUGUGGUUGGGAAGUUGAAAGGUAGUUUUUAAAUAUAAUCACACAAUGAUCCUUGAAAGAGGAUUUUGUCAUUUUCAUCGCUCCUGUGUACUGGAAUAACAUUUCUGUUCAGCCAUGUGCCACAAGUUAAAAUGUACUGGUUCUAAUACAAAUCCCUGAACGACCUCACUGCUUACAUCCCUGUGUUCCAGAAACUUUCAGUGUACUCCUAUGUUGUGCUUCCUGUUCUGUAAGUAGUUACUGAUCCAAAAACUCUUCCCUUUAUGCCAAAAUUUCUCCAUUGACUCAAGAGACCUUGAAUAAUUGCUUCACCAUAAUGUUUUCAAAUAUUCAAAUGUGUGAUGUCUGCUGGAUCACCCCAUUCAUAUAUUUGUUGACUCUUGAAAAACCAAAAGAUAAUUGAAAAACGGUUUUUGUUUUAACAGAAAUUAUGUUGGCGUUUUUUUUUUCUUCUUCAACAAAACUUGGCCUUCUGUGUUAGGAAUGGGCAAAAACUGGCUCUCUGUAGGUUGCUGUGCUAUAACUCCCAGAAGUCCUCAUCAUUGGUUGUGUUGGAAGUUGUCAUCCAACAUCUGGAAGCCUGUGCCAUCUUCCACAAAUUUACCUGAAAUAGAUAUUAAGAUGGCUAGCCUGUAAUGUCCUUGAUUGACACGUAUCACAUUUCCAGCUGAGCUUCCAUUGUGGUUUUGAAUCACUCCCAGUAUUUUGAAAGGAUUUGGCCUUCUUGAUUUUCUCUUUUAAGCUUUUUCUCAGUCUCCUUGAUUUUUGGAAAACAAAGCUUCCUUUCUUUGAAGGUAAACGUGGCUAUAGUGGCAGUUUUCCACUUACAUACAGAUUGAAUUUAAUAGCCCUGCAACUACUUUGGGUUUCCAGUAUGUUUCAAGAAAAUCCAAGAAAGUUCACAUCAAAUCCAGUUCUCCAUUUAAGAUUAAAUCCAUGGUUGUUGCCAUCAUCCCAACUGUUCUAGGACAAAAUGAGUUAAGAAAUCUAGACAAAUAUCUUCUUUGUCAUAAUAAAAAUAACAAUAAUGAUGAUGAUGAUGAUGAUGAUGAUGAUGAUGAUUAAUUUAUUACCCACCUCUUCCUGCACUCAAGGCAGGAUACAAGGCAGGCAUCCUCAGAGGUCAAGGGGUCUGUUGGAAACUAGGCAAGUUAUGUUUAUAUAUUUGUGGAUGCCUGCCAUAGAUGUGGAUGAAAUGCCAGGAGAGAAUGCUUCUGGAACAUGGCCAUAUAGCCAGGAAAACUCACAGCAAUCCAGUGAUUCUGGCCAUGAAAUCCUUCAACAACACAUUGUUUCACAACUGUUUACUCUUCACAACGUUCCCGUGAUGAUGUAUUUUCCCACUUUAAAUGCUUCUGGAACAUGGCUGUAUAGCCAGGAAAACUCACAGCAAUCCAGUUGUGAGACACUUUGAACAUGAUAAUGUUGUUGGCUGCUGAAUGAAAAAAAAUAUUGGGAUUUCUGGCAGAAGAGUUUCUAAAAUUGUUCAUCUGUCAAUUCCUUUGGAAACUGAAGAUUUUUCCACCUGCUUGUCUGUCCCAAAACUGAAGUUAGCACAGUGAUACAUGCAGGUAUAGGGUUAAAUUCAUCAUAAGUCUAAAUGCUGCAUAAUUAAAAAUAGAAAAUCCAAAACUUGCACUUUUUGUUGAUCAAAACUCCCAUCCCCAGUUGAAGAAUCUUUUAAGAAAAUAUGACUUGGAGAGACAUCAGCCCAACAGUUCUUAUCACUUCCAGUUAGAAUAGACAGAAAUGAACUAGGUGGACUCGCGAUCAGCAAUAUAAGGAAGCUUUCCAGCCCUUUUAUGAUCUUGACUUGUUGGCCAACAUUUAAUUAAAUUAUUUCCCAAAAAUGUCUGAGUAUGAUUUAAUUAGUGCUGGAAAGGUUGAAAAUAGAAUAGGGAGCAGUCUUGCUGAACUGGUAGUCAGAAACAGGAAAAAUCCUAUACCAAAAACUGAAAUUUGCAUUUAGAUUUUUUUCUACAAAAUAAAUGGACAAACCUGAAUAAACAAUUGAAGCUGACAUUCAUUUAGUUAAAUGCUGUCCUUGACACAAAGUUCCUUGUUGAAUGCAAAUGAAAUAAAACCCAUGCUGUUUAGAGCACUGCUUCAUGAGCCAUGGGCUCUAGCCUGGAAUGGAGUUCUCUUAGCCCAGUGUUGUGGUAACAACAAAAUUGGGAACAUUAAAGGUUUCUGAAUGCCACCCAUUUAUACAACUUGUAAACAACAAUGUGGACUCUACAGAAAAUGCUUCAGUUGUACUUCAUACCUGUUUAGCAAGCCUUGCAAAUCUGAUUUAUUAUGAGUAAAUGUUUGGUAUUAUUUCUGUUUUCUAUACCUCUAUUACACAGAAUCACAUAAAAAUUUCUUGGGAGGAAAGGGUUAUGAGUGGAAGAGGUUUCAGAAGCCCUGUUGAGAAUAUACUGUUGUCUGCAAAUCUCCUCACAUUAUACCCUCUCAAGAUGUUUGUCUUCCAAAACUGCUUAGAAUAUCUUCUGAAUAAAACACAACUGGCCAGAAA